AUGGGAAUUUGCAAUCCGAUAAUGAAUACACCGGAAGAAGAGAAUUUGAUAGCUGCUGCUCGACUUAUCCUAAGCGAACUGGAGUCGAACAAGAAAUUCUCGAUUGAAGCAACGAAAAUCUUGGAGGAUUUAGCCACAAAACUAUCAUCCAUAGUAAAGAUCAUCAAACCUAAAGAUGAAAACGUAGAUGAAGAAGAACAACUAAGUGAUAUCAAGAUUCGCCUCGAUUCAAUUCAAGAUAAGAUCAUGACAUGGGAAGUGGGUCAAUCCAUGAUAUGGGAUUCCGGGUCUGAUGAAAAUCAAACCAACGAAUACUUAAAAGCAGUGAAUGAAGUCAAAACAUUAGUCGAAAGAUUAGAGAGUUUGAAUCCAAACAAAGACACUUCAGAACAUGAAGUUUUACUCAAAGCCAACGAUGUUCUUCAAACAUCCAUGGCUAGACUCGAAGAAGAAUUCAAGCAUAUUCUCAUUCACAAUCAACAAAACUUCGAACCUGAACGUUUAUCUUUUAGAUCAAACGAAGAUGAUUGUGUGGAUUCAACCUCAAUCAUCUCAUUUGAAGAUGAUUCAUUUGAAGAUUCAGUUCAAAGAGAUAGUAUAACUAUAAGCAGAGGAUCAGAAGUUCAUAUCAUGGAUCUAAUCAAUCCUCAAGUAAUCCCUAAUCUCAAAUCCAUUUCUACUUUAAUGUUUGACUCAAAUUACAUCAAAGAAUGUUGUAAUGCUUUUAUAAGUGUCCGAAAAGAUGCUUUAGAUGAUUGCUUAUUCAUUCUUGAAGUUGAAAAAUCAAGCAUUGAAGAUGUUCUAAAGAUGGAAUGGGCUACAUUGAAUUCCAAGAUUAGAAAAUGGACAAAAGUGAUGAAAAUCUUUGUGAGAAUUUAUCUCGCAAGUGAAAAGUCUUUAUGCGAACAAAUUUUUGGGAAAACCGAGGUUGUAAAUUCGUGUUUUGCUGAGUCAUCAAAAGCUUCAAUCUUGCAACUUCUAAAUUUCGCAGAAGCUAUUUCAAUUGGGCCUCAUAAACCCGAAAAAUUGAUCAGAAUUCUUGAUAUGUAUGAAGUUUUAGCCGAUUUGAAACCAGAUAUCGAGUCUUUUUACCAAAAUGACCCUGGAUCAUACUUACGAACAGAGUUCCAAGAUGUGUUGACUCGUAUCGGCGAUUGCGCAACAACAACAUUUCUUGAAUUCAAAAACGCAGUAGGGGCAAAUCCGUCAAAUGCCGCUUUUCCAGGAGGUGGGAUUCACCAUCUAACUCGUUGGGUGAUGAAUUACGUUACUACCCUCAUCGACUACAGUAAUUCCCUAAAUACCCUUUUGAAAAGCGAAAUUCAAUUUCAAGAUCCAUCAUCUUCACCAGACGUAAAUCUUGAAGAUGAUAACGCGAAUCAAAAAAACUCAUCUUUUUCAAUUUCACCGAUGAUGUCACAUUUCCAAUCGCUGAUGUCACUUCUUGAAUCUAACCUUGAAGAGAAAUCAAGAUUAUAUAGAGAAGAAGCAUUAGGGCAUCUUUUUUUAAUGAAUAAUAUUAAUUACAUGGCGGAAAAAGUCAAAGGGUCAGAGCUAAGAACAGUUCUUGGUGACAAUUGGAUUCGAAAACGUAAUUGGAAGUUUCAACAAUAUGCAAUGAGUUAUGAAAGAUCGACUUUGAGUUCAAUUUUGAAUUUGUUAAAAGAAGAAGGGCUUCAUAAUAAUGGAAGUAAUUCAGGGUCGAUUUCAAAGACUUUGCUUAAAGAAAGGUUACAAGGGUUUUAUAUUGCGUUUGAAGAGAUUUACAAAAGUCAAACGGGAUGGUCAAUACCAAAUAGUCAACUUUCUGAGGAUUUAAGGAUUUCAUUGUCGUUGAAGUUGAUUCAAGCUUAUAGAACUUUUGUUGGUAGGUAUGCGAAUAGUAUAAGUGAGAAGUAUAUUAAGUAUAGUGCGGAUGAUCUUGAGAGUUAUCUUUUGGAUUUGUUUGAAGGGUCUCCAAGAUCAUUACAUAGUUUUCAUAGAAAGUGA